UGGCAAGCGUAAAUCGUAAGCAGGGAGAGGAAAUAUGAAUUUGGUUGGAAUUUUGUUUUUGGUACUCUACCACAAAUUUAUUACAACGUCAGCCCUAACAAUAACAAGUUCACGCUCACUCUGCAACGGCACUAAAAAGAAUCGUCAUCGACGCUGUCACUGUGUCUCCUGUCUCGUUCUGGUUUAUCUCAUCUGAUCUCAUCCAACUCCUCACAAAACAGCAACCACAACACUUCGCUUAACGGCGUUUCACAACACAAACUUGAACUUAAAACGCUCAGUAUUUGCUUGUAUUACAGCUUGAUCCCAUUUGUUGUUGGCAUGGCUCGAAAGGUUGACUGGGUGGAAGGCUUUGAGCUUCAAGAAGCCUCCAAAGAAGAAUUGUCGUGGAUUUCUAAGAAAAUGGAUACGUCUCGAGUGGCUCACUACGGAGUCAAAGUUUCAUACAAAAUUCAAAAGAUCUACAAAGUCAAAAACUCAACUCUGUGGAUGAAGUACACGUCAAGGCGUCAACAAAUUGCCCUUGAUUACCCAAAAGGCGAGAAGGUGCCUGAGAUGCACCUGUUUCAUGGAACCUGCAGUGCUGAUGCUGACACCAUUGUGGAGCAUGGGUUCAACAUUGAGAAAUCUAAUCCACAAGGAAUGUUUGGCAAAGGGAUCUACUUUGCCAAUCUCUCCUCAAAGUGUAACCAAUACACAUUUGAAGGCUACAAAGCGGCGUGUAAGGAUCACCGCAACGAACACUGUGAUCAGUGCAUCAGGAAGAUGCUCCUCUGCAAGGUGGCAGUGGGAAAAAUGUACGAGGCCCAAGCUCCUAUGAAUGGAAAUAUGGAGGCCCCUAAAGGAUACCACAGCAUUGUGGCCAAGCCAAAACCCCAUUUCCUUGUCAACCCAGAGUACGUUAUCUACAACAACUCUCAGGCCUACCCUAGCUUCUUGAUCGAGUACAAAAUCACAGUUUAAGCGUCAUUUGUUGAAUCUAUAUGAAGCAUAGAUACUUCUCCCUUGAAGAAAUUGGGAACCCUUAAAUGUUUCUUUCUUUCAUUCUGAAUUGUGUAGUUUUUUAGUGAAAUAAACCAAUUUGGAUCUUGGUUUCUAUCUCAAUA